UGCUACAGAGAGGGCAGCAGGUGGGCUUUGCCUCGUGCAAAUCCUUGUCCCCAAGCUGCAGCCAGAAACGCCUCAGAGCAGAGAGGGGGAGAGAGGAAGAAGCUGCAGCUCCAGCACCUGCCCCUGCAGCUCCUGGACACCCAGGACCUGCCCCCAGCCCGUGCCAUGGAGGGAAAGGUGGAUAAUCAGCAGAGCGUGGUGAAGCUGGUGGCCGUGUUUGAAGAGCACUGCAGGGACAGCAAAUCUGCCCAGAGGGACAGGCAGGCAGGCAGCCAUCCCCAAGAGCUUCCAACAUUCCCUGCCAGCCAGAGCCACUCCCUGACCAGAGAAGAGAAUGAGGAGGAUCAGCAAGGUCGGCGUGGACUCAGCUUCAAAUGCCUCCGUUCUCUGCGAUACAAAAUCCGUGAGGAUGACUGGAGGAGGCCACAGGGCCCAGGCCUGGAGCCUGGCAGUGAGGAACCAGAGGAAAAGAAAAUCGCACUGGAGCUGCUGGAGACAGAACAGGCUUAUGUCAACCGCCUCCACCUGCUUGACCAGGUAUUCUAUACAGAGCUGAUGAAAGAAGCCAAAACCGGGAAGACGGUGCCAGAGGAGGUGGUGAAAAUGAUCUUUUCCAACAUCUCCUCCAUCUACCAGUUCCACGCUGAGUUCUUCCUGCCAGAGCUGCGGAAGCGCAUGGAGGAUUGGAACCGCAACCCCCGCAUUGGGGAUGUGAUCCAGAAGCUUGCACCCUUCCUCAAGAUGUAUGGGGAGUACGUGAAGAACUUCGACAAGGCCGUGGAGCUCAUCACUGCCUGGUCAGAGAAAUCACCCCCCUUCCAGGAGCUCAUUGCUGACAUCCAGAAGAGGAAGGUCUGUGCUAACCUGACGCUGCAGCACCACAUGCUGGAACCCGUGCAGAGGAUCCCGCGCUACGAGCUCCUCCUAAAGGAAUAUAUCCGGAAACUCCCGCCCCAGUCCCCCGACAGGGGCGACGCCGAGAAGGCCCUGGAGAUGAUUUUUAUGGUGGCCAAGCACUCCAAUGCAGCUAUUGCCGAGAUGGAACGGCUGCAGAACCUCUGGGUGGUCUAUCAGAGGCUGGGCCUCGAGGAUGACAUCGUGGAUCCCUCCAACGAGCUGAUCAAGGAGGGACCAAUCCAAAAAAUCUCCACCCGUAACAACAGCACAUCGGAGAAGUACCUGUUCCUGUUCAACAACAUGCUGCUGUACUGCGUGCCCAAGCUCAUCCAGGUGGGCGCCGAGUUCCAGGUCCACCUCCGCAUGGACGUGGAGGGCAUGAAGGUGCGGGAGCUGAAGGACACUGAGUUCCCUCACACCUUCCUGGUCUCGGGAAAGAAGCGGACGCUGGAGCUCCAAGCCAGGUCUGGGGAGGAGAUGGACGCCUGGAUCGAGGCCUUCCAAGAUGCCAUUGACAGGAAAGAGAAGAAGAGUGAGACUUUUAAGACAGCAGUCCAUGGACUGGAGACAGACACCCCUGCCCUGAAGACAGAGGAGCUGGGCCGCCGAGCCCCGCAGUGGGUGCGGGACAAUCUGGUGACCAUGUGCAUGCGCUGCAGGGAGCCCUUCAACGCCAUCACCCGCCGGCGGCACCACUGCCGGGCCUGCGGAUAUGUGGUUUGUGCUCGCUGCUCUGACUACAAGGCCGAGCUGCAGUACGACGGGAACCGCCCCAACCGCGUCUGCCAGGAGUGUUUCAUCUUCCUCAGCGGCCACACGGUGCUGGAGGACCGCGAGGGGAAGCACAAAGGGAUCCUGGAGAAAGGAGCUGCAGAGGUGUCAAGCAGGAGUUUGCUCUGCAGCUCCCUGCAGCUGCUGGACAAGAACGGCAAGGGGGGCACACGGGGCUGGUUCGUGAUCCCCCAGGACGAUCCCCUGGUGCUCUACAUCUAUGCAGCGCCCCAGGACGUCCGAGCCCACACCUCCAUCCCCCUGCUGGGCUACCAGGUGCGGGACAUGCCCCGGAGCGAGUCCCGGCACCUCUUCCAGCUGGCGCAGUCGGGGCAGGUGUUCACCUUCGUGGCCGACUCCGAGGAGCUGAAACAGCGCUGGAUGAAGGCCAUGGCGCGCUCUGCUGCGGGGAUCACACACCCCGAGGAGGAGGAGGAGGGUGCAGGCCCCUGUGAUGAAGCACAAUGAGGCCAUUCCCACCCCUGCGCUGCCUUUGGGGGGUCACACCUCCCCUGCCUGCUCUCACUGCUGGCUUUGGGCAGACCCCCGACAUCUCUGCGUUCUGCUUUUCCAUCGUGAAAGGCGCAAGAUGGGGACGCGUUUGCCACCACAGGGACACGCUGGAUCCCCUUUCCCUCCCUCCUCGCCCUCCUCGCCGGACAGAGGCGCUGGGAGAGGAGGCGGCGGGGGAUUUUGGGGAGCCCGGCCCGGGCGCUGUGCGGUGCCGCCCGCGGCCACGCGAGGGCAGCACGGCCCCGUCCUUGCGGGGCUGCCCCGGGCCGGGAGCGGGGCCGGGGCUGCGGAGAUCAAUCCCAGAUAAAUCCCACCCGCGAGCCCUCCCUGCGCCCCGUGCCGCCUGCUUUGGGCGGGUGUUCUCCAGAGAGCCCCGGGGGACUGUCCCCGUGGCCGGAGAUGGCACAAAUAUGUCAGGGACUCAGCUUGUAGCUCAGCCUCGCAGCCCAGGAACCCCAGUGAGGGAUUCAGGGUGUCCCUUUUCCAGCUUGUCAUCACUCCUGGCCUCACGUUGCAGUCCCAUGGUGUGAGGAUACCCCUUAACCACAGACAGCCCUCAGCUGCCUCACUGAGCCAGCCCGCACUCCUGCCCAUCCCAGACUUUCCCUGGAUUUCCACCCUUGUACCUCCCUCAGUUACAUAUUCUCCGGAGGAAAACACUCUGGGACAAGGUCCUGUCCACACAGUGCUGCUCUGAUGCUGGGGGGGCACGGGGGAUCCCCCUCUCCAUCACCAGCAUAACGAGCACCCCUGUUCAUUUCAGUCAGUGCUUUAGGCUGCAGCCCCACACUUUAUUCUCUUGCAUCCUCUCUAGCUCCCAAAAAAUGUUGCCCAGGCAGAAGCUGCCACCUCUGAGCCUGCCAGAAGUGCACAGAGCUGGAUGAGCCCAGGAUCCCUGGCAGGCAGGGCUUGCUGCUGUGCCUGGACCACGCAGCAGCUCCAGCACAGGCAAGCCCAGGGGUGUCACAGGCUGAACAGAUCCCUGCAGACUGGGCAAGGAGGUGGAGCAGGAUACUGCAAAUGGGAACAGUACCUGGGGAAAGGAUGGGGGGGUAAAGAUGAGCCACGGCUGUCACCGCUCUGGGGGCCUUUGGAGAGACGUGAAAAAGCUGUGAGCAAUGUCCUUCCUCAGUCUACUCCACUCAGCUCAUCCUGGGAAAGGGCAAACUGUGGUGGCUUUAUCUCCUCCAACUUCAGAGAUCCCAUCAAGGAGGGGGGAGAGGAGCUGAAUGUCAGGGCGAGAGCUCUGCCAAAGCAGUUGCUCCUCAGGGUGCCACGGGGCUGAGCCCAGAUGCAAACAGCACAAUCAGGGCUUCCCAGAGACACCCCAAAACAGCCCUCACCUCCCAGCAUCACACCGUGGGAAGGGGAACCCCCGCAGCCCUGGAAAAGCCAGGGAGUGCAGGGUGCUGCUGCCGGAGGAAAGAGUGAGCAAGGGGAAGCCCGCGGGGCUGGAAGGUUCUGCGUGGUGGCUCUUCCACCUCGGCGUCACCUCUGUGUCAGCGAGGAACAAAACAAGCCCGGAGCAGGGAGCUGCCCUCAGCCCUCGGCUCGUGAAUGGCCUAAGAAUAGAUUUCCUGUUUACCCAGUGAGGAAUCGCUCCUGGGGCAGAGGGCACCUGGGGCUAUUUUUACCAGCUCCUGCUCUCCUUCCUCCUGACCCCCUGCACCCUCGGGACCACUGCCCCACUGCAGCACCCAGGGGUGCCUCGGGAAGGGGGCUGCCACAGAGGAGAGGUGGCCCAGGGGUGGAGGGGGUGGCAGGGCACUAGGGCAGGUCACUGCCGUGGCUUUGGCAUCGUGCCACCCUCAAGGAGAGGGAGGCAGCAUCACUGCCCUGAUGCCCUGAGCAUCCCUAACAGGAGUGUGGGAGACUGAACUUUAAGGGGUUUGCAUGA